AUGGGCCGCAGAGAUUGGCUGAAGGGGCGCUUCUCCAGAGUUUUUGGCAGUGGAGCCAACAGCCCGGUUGAUACAACGGAUUCUAAUGGACAGCAAUUAUACGGACUGCAAGAGAACACGGAGCCUAACAAACCUCCAGAAGAAGAGGGGUUGAAUGAAUCGCCCGAGACUCUCAAAAGUCGCCGAAUCGAGGAUAUACCAAUUCGAGAGCUCUGGGACGUUGCAUAUGAGAAGCUUCGAGAGCAGGAUGGUGCACUCAUCGCAGACUAUGAAGCCAAGCUCACAGGCAGCGUUACAGCUGGCUUAGGGCAAGCUUUCAAUUUGAAACAAAAUAGGAGAGAGUGGAUGCAAGCAGUCUUUGAAAGUAAGAUGCAAGAAUUCAACAAGGAUAUAUCGAAACCCAAAUCUGGCAAUUAUAAAGUUCAAGCGGAAGACGCCAUGCGGCUCAUUUUAAGGAUUGCGAAUUCAGCCGACGACUACAUCAGCAAUACCGCAAGUGCUAAUCCAUCUGCGGAACAGACUUCCCUUGUCAAAGGCUCCGCUCUCCGUCACGGCCUUGAUGCUGUCAAAUGGAAAGACUGGAGCUCACUAGUAGAAGAGAUUCACGAACAAGAGCGCAAUUUUGCCGCCGUCGAAGAGAUGUGGCGUGACAUACAGCGCUAUGAGAAGCACUUGACAACAAUAAUCACUUUUUCAGAGAUGAAUGCAAAGCUUUCCGCUUUAGCAGACCAAGAUUUUGCUGGUUUACUACGAUGGUUAUGCGAUGUUGACCCGUCUCCGAUGUAUAAUACAGGGCUUGAUAGGCGUGAGGCCGGCACGUGCGAAUGGCUGAUAAAGGACAGUGAGGAAUUCAAGACUUGGGAAACAAGUGAUGGGUCAUUGUUGUGGCUCCAUGGUAAAGCCGGUUCGGGGAAAUCGAUCCUCAGUUCUUCCGUCAUUAAACGCCUUCGGGAUCAAUACAUAUCGGAACCGUCGACUGUGGUAUCAUACUUCUAUUUCAGCUUCAGCGACCCCGAGAAACAAAAGGUCGAUGUCAUGCUUGCAUCCCUCACUAAGCAAAUAUGUUCCCAACAGACUCAGAGAUCCCAGUUGACGGAACGCCUCGGGCAGUACAAAAUCAAUGGCCAGCGCCCAGAUACCGAGACGCUUGAGGCAAUGUUAAUUGCAUCUGCAUCGCAAUUUGCUAAUGUUUAUAUCGUUAUUGAUGCUCUUGAUGAGUGCCCACUGCUCAACGAGCAACGGGCAAAGCUGUUAAAGAGUUUACGGCGUAUACUUGCAAUUGCACCUAGCAAAUUUCACUUUUUCUUCACAAGCCGGAAGGAACCAGAUAUUGACGACAAAAUACGGCCCAUUUUAUCUUUAACAGAUAAGAAUGAAAUUGACCUAUUAGCUCGCCAGCAGAUUAUCAACAAGGAUAUAAUUCAUUACGUUGAUUCUCAGCUAAACGGCGACGAAUAUAAAUCUUGGCCCAAGAGCGUGAAGGACGAAGCGAGAAAAUCACUCGUGAAGAAAGCCGAUUGCAUGUUCCAAUAUGUCCAUCUUCAGUUAGAAGCACUCCGACACCUUUCAUCUGAACCUGAAGUACGCGAGGCACUUCAAAACCUUCCCAUUGGACUUGACGCCACCUAUAAUAGAGUUCUGGAAAGCAUUCCACUACACUUCCAAGAACGAGUCAUACACUCGCUUAAAUGGCUCGCCUUUUCAAGGAGGUCCUUGUGCAUCGAAGAACUCGCCGAGAUAUUCACCAUCCGCCCGCACAAUGAUAUUCCCUUUAACGAGAGGGAACGCCCUUUUUCUCCUACGGACAUCCUGAAGUACUUCUCCGGUCUCAUUAUGACCCGAGAGGGCUAUACCUCCCAAAACCCAAAAGGCAUUGUAAUCCGGCUAGUCCACUUCUCUCUGAAAGAGUAUUUGGUUUCCAAGAGAAUAACGCAAGGCUCUACCUCGACUUUCUCAUUUACAGAGGUUGACGCUCACAACUCUAUUGUGAAGUCUUGCCUCGCCUAUCUGAAUCAUUUUGGCCACUGGGUUGCAAGUCACCCCCCAGGAUAUCUUUUUCAUGACACUUAUAACCAGUUAUAUCCCUUGGCGAUGUGCGCAGCCCGCUCCUGGAUGGAUCAUCUUGAGGGAAUUCCGCGCGUGUCAUGGUCACCUGACAUCGAAAGAGAUGCGGCGACUGCACUUGCUGUUCAUAGCCAAAGUCUUCUCACUCUACUCGCAAUGGACUACCGUGCCGAUAAUGACGAAAGAGACAUGCUAUUGAGACCAUACCGUUACACCGCAAAGUGCGGCCAUUAUCAGCUGACUGAAAUGUUGGUUCAUCAAAAGUCCGGUGCAAAUAAGUAUGUUACCCGGGAAGAAAUGGAUGAAUCACUGCAGCAAAUGGCAUAUGAAAAAAACAAAGAUGCUAUGCAAUUUUUUCUCAAAGCGGGAGCAAAUGUUAAUGCGCAGUGUGGCGAACGGGGCUCAGCUCUGAAAGCAGCCGCCAGUCGUGGAAGUCUGGACGCGGGCAGGUUUCUGCACAGCUACGGAUCCAAAUUCAACCUUUACCCGAAUAAUGACCGGGACCCAUUUUUGCCCACAUGGAUGGACAAAAAAGGCACCGAAAGUCUGAGAUUUCUCCUUGACAGCGGCGCUGAUGUAAAUAUGCAAGUCAAACCCUCUGGGACAGCACUUCACAAUGCUGUUAUUUACAGUUACGAUGCAGAUUUUGAUCUGCUAUUAGAAAGAGGCGCUGAUGUAAAUGCCUUGUCCGAUUAUGGCACGCCACUCCAGGCACUGUCUCGAUACGUGAAGAAGCUAUUAGAGAGCGGUGCAGAUCCGAACCUGCGAAGUGGGGAGGGUGACACAGCAUUACAGCUUGUGUGCGGCAACAUAGGCCUAUUCCCUAAUCACCAAGUGGCAAUGGAGAUCAUCCAAUCUCUAGUCAAAAAUGAGACAGUUGAGAGUGGGACUCUUAUAAAUGGGUUUGCUGUUGAGGUCGAAGAGUAUCACCUUGAUAGGAGAGACUUGGGUUGGAAAUGGAGAAAAGGAGAACGCCCUAUAGUGAGAUCAGCGGUCGAGGUGGUAAAACUGCUCCUUGAGAAAGGCGCCAAGGUCGACGAGUCUCGAGUAUUCCAAGAGGCCUGUGUGGAGCGGGACGAAGAGAGGGUCCGUUGGAUGUUUGAUCAAGGCGCUGCUGAUGUGAACAUGAAAAGCGGUUCACGUGGUACACCACUGCAUGCUGUUUUGGCUUACACUAGAAAAGACAUCGGAGAAGCGCGGUCUGAUAGACGCGACCUCAGUUCGCGGAACAGUCUAAGCAAAGAGACUCUACCGAUUGUGCAAUUGCUCAUAAGCAAAGGGGCACAGGUUAACCAAGUUGGGGGACAUUAUGGCAAUGCUCUCCAGGCUGCUUGCUCCAAUGAAGGGCUCAGUGCGAACAUUGUCCAUUAUCUACUCGAGCAAAAGGCCGAUGUGAAUGCGGAAGGGGGGAAAUGCGGAACAGCACUGAUAACUGCCUGUGCAGCUGAUCAAGAGGUGGACUUGGUACGGUUACUCCUCGAGCACGGCGCCGAUGUAUAUGCGGAAGGGGGAGAAUAUGGAACAGCUCUCGCAACUGCCUGCAAAAGAGGAGCCCCCGAGUUGGUGCGACUGUUGCUCGAACAUGGAGCAAAUAUCCACCAAAAAGACUAUGCGGCUUGGAAUGCGGCCGGUGGGAGGUCAAUGUAUCGUGAUGAUGGCAUUCAAGUGCUGGAACUUUUAUUUGGCCAAGCAAACGAUGUCGACGGCGUGCGUAGUGGGCUCGCCACUGCUCUAAAUGCCACACUGGAGAUCUGGAAUAUAGGUUCCACGUUUGGGCACCAAGAGAAGGGGUGGCAUGAAAGAUUCUCCUGGCUACUUGAACACGGCGCUGAUGCCAAUGUCAAGGCUGGAAAAUAUGGCUGUACACUCCAGACAGCAUGUGCGAGAGAAUCAUCUACUGCUUAUGUCAAUGAUAUCAACGCCACCUCCCUCUUGACAAAGCUUCUUCUCGAAAAGUGUCCAAAUAUCAAUGUCAAUGCACAAGGGGGCAUCUUCGGGUCAGCUCUGCAGGCAGCCGCUUUCUCAGGCCAGACAGAGUCAGUAAGGAUGUUGCUGGAUAGAGGAGCCGACGUCAACGCACGUGGUGGAAAAUGCGGCAGCGCGUUGAACGCGGCAAUCUUCAGCGGCUACUGGGAUAUCGUUGAGAUUCUUCUUCAAAAGGGGGCCACACCGGAUUGUCGCCUGCUGCAGCAACCUGAUGAAGAGUGGCUCCAACGUGUCGGAGAAGAAUGGCCAGAAGAUGAAACGAGGUCGUGGUGGCGUAAACGUGUCAGAGAAGAAUAUAGGCAUUGUGCCGUUGCGAGAUAUAGGAAGUUUUGGGAGGUUGAGAGUGGCUCUGCAGCCGGACGCGUUUCGAGUAGCCAGAGCUAG